AUGAGUAAGCACGGUAGAGAAAUCGAUUGGUYGAAAAUCAACGGUGCCUUGCCGAAACCAAAAAGACUACAUUUAGAAGAAGAUGAAGAAGAUGGCCUUUUCCACUGUCCAGUGCCAUCAUGCAACCAUGAUGCAUUUGGGACACGAAGAGGAUGCAGAAAACAUGUGAAAAAGAGACAUCGUUGGUUUUAUUUUUUCGACGAACAGCCUGAUGUAUCCACUCRAACAACAUCCAAUUCUGGCGAUGAAAAAGUCAACYYAACUCARGCAAGUCAAAGUGUCAAAAAAAUCGUUCCAUGCUUUGAUAUUUCAAGUACUCUUGGCAAAGAAUUUGAGAAAUGGUUGAUUGGAAGCGGUGGGGGAUGCAAAACUCCAAAACAGGCUCAACAAAUUAUCCGAAAAAGUUUUAAGUUUUUGAAAUUUUGUUGUGAAGACGACGACGACGAAGAAGACUUAAGUUGGGACAUAGUGGAUUUCUGCUUGAGUUCACCUAGUUUCAUUUUCAAAUUUGCGGAUGCCAUGCAGACGGAUUGGGGACUKGGUCAUGCAGGUCGCGUUGGAUACUUGGAUGCUAUAUCAGACUUGCUAGAUUUCCGCAAGAUCCAUGGCACAUCAUCCGAUACGGUUUUGCGAAAUCAAAUGUGCACCGAGGUCUAUUUGAAGAGAGCACGUAAAACAGUGGCCAAAAUGAUGAGACUACAAUGGACCAAUGAUCUGGACAUUGAAACACUCGAAGCCAAGGGGCACUGGGCCACAAUGGAGGAGUUGUUGCAGGUGAUCACCUAUCACCUUCCGCGAUAUGAAUGCGUGCUUAAAGUGUGUCGAGAAACACCUGACAAGGUGACCCCUUCAGACUUGUCGUUUGCUACCAAAUUUGUCGCCGUGUAUUUGUUCAUUAAAGUUAAGGGUUCUCGUCCAAUGACUUAUCAGUAUUUGACRGUGGACAUGGUCGAAUCGGCCAAAAGCAAUGGGGGUUUCAUUSACCAGAAAAGAUUCAAGACCACCUCCAAGUAUGGAUUUGAUUCAUUGUACUUGACCGACACCAGCAUGCAAGUGUUGGAUGGAUACAUUAAUGUCAUACGACCUCAUCUAAAACCAGUCUGCGAAUACGUUCUCGUCACCAGGAACGGCAGUCAGCACAGUAAAAUCGGACAACUGAUGAGCAAAUUAGYAUUCGAUGCAACUGGCAAGUACAUUCAUCCGACGCGAUACCGUCAAAUCGUCGAAACGGCCAGUCGGAAACACCUCGAAAGCAACGAACAAUGCACGAUUUCCGAAGAUCAAAAGCACAGCUCUGUUGUAGCUAGGGUACAUUAUCAAAAACGAAGGUCUCGCGAAGUUACCACGAAGGUUCACGAAUAUCUGAAAACGUUGCACGGAGAAAAAGGGACUGAGUUGACCAACGAUGUUCGUUCUCRACUCUCAAACGAUUUGGCGAGCAAUUUACUCGGACAAGAUUCCCCCGUUGUCRAAAAACCGAACUCCAACGRGCCGGCUGUCGUCGGAAAUGUCGAAGUGACUGGAUCAUCGUCGCAACUUCAACGCGAGAAAAACGACUUCGAGCCUGAACCUCCGAGAUCUACUACUGACAAGCCAAAGAAAAGGAAACUGCUUCUCUUCACACCGAUCGAAGAUGAAUUCUUAAAAGCAGGACUAAAACGAUAUGGCUUUGGACAAUGGWCGGCUAUUUUGAGGGACUCUAGCUACRAGUUUCAAGAGGGACGAACAGCAAACUCGUUGUUAAAUCGCGCUUUGCGAAAAUUUAACUGAAAUAAAUAAACUUUA